GAAUCGCUCCAGCGCAGUAGGAGGCGCUAUGAAGCUCUUCAUUCCGCAAGUAAAACAAACCCGAACGAAAGAAAGAAGAUCUUACUGUUUGAACACUGAGCCGAUGUUGACCAUGACAGCGCAGAUGGAUGUGAUCUGCUGUAAAUCAGUAGGAACAGAUCUGUCCAUGCUGGAUAUUGAGGAUUUCAUCACUGAAAUCUGUCAGCUGAAGAAAGAGGUGGCGUCACUGGAGGAAAAGCUGAGAGAAAGAGGAGACAAACCCAACAGAGAGGAUUCAGUCUGGAGCGUCAGAGAUCAGAGAUCCAGAGACACACAGGACUCAGAGAUCAGCCUCAGUUUACUGUGUUACACUGAGACUCAAGAUCAUGGAUCCGCUGAUCAAACCUCUGUCUUUAACGCUGAUCAAACCUUUGACUGUAACGCUGAUCAAACCUCUGAGUGUAACGCUGAAGAACAGCUGACGCCGCUGAAGAUGUGCUCCGUCAAACCGAUGGACUGCAGAAAUUCAAAGGAGACGAGAGAGGAAACCACUGCAGAGAAAGUACGGAGCGAUGAUGAUGAUGAUGAUGAUGAUAACGGCAAUGAAAAUGAGGAUCACUGUGAGGACAAUGACAAUGAUAAUGAUGAUCACUGUAAUGGUGACAUUAUUCCCUCACAUAUGGAUGUGAAUGGCGGCUCAUCUGCUGAUGAAGAAGCGGCCUCGACAUCAAAAGAUCAGCCGGAGGUCAAGAGUUUCUCCUGCGAAACCUGUGGGAAAACAUUCAGAAAACAGGGAAAUUUAACGAGACAUGAGAGAACACACACCAAACAGAAACACUUCACCUGCAAGAGAUGCAACAUCAGCUUUCCUACCUUAGAAGAGAAGAGACUUCAUUCAAAAGAGCACCGAGUGAAGAAGGAGUUUCACUGCGAACAGUGCGGGAAGAUUUCUUUCACUUCUGGCAAUCUGAAAAUUCACAUGAAGACGCACACUGGCGAAAAGCCCUUCCACUGCAGCGAGUGCGACAAGCAUUUCAGCACCAAACAAUCUCUUUUAGUUCACAAGCGGAUACACACGGGGGAGAAGCCGUACAAGUGCCCUCUCUGCGAGAAAAGGUUCAGAGAUGGGUCCCAUUUCAAGACGCACAUGCGUUCGCACGCCAGCGAGAGGCCGUAUCAGUGCAGCGAAUGCGGGAAGACCUUUAAACAGCCCAUCUGUCUCAUAUCUCACCAAAAAAUACACUCUGAAAAACUGCAUCGCUGCUCACACUGUGACAAGCGCUUCCGUCAGAUAUCUCAGCUGAGGCGGCACGAGAGAAUGCACUCGGGAGAGAAACCCUACCUGUGCUUCCACUGCGGGAAGAGCUUUUCUGACCCGGCUCAUUUCAGGGUUCACCAGAGGGUCCACACGGGAGAGAGACCGUACCGGUGUGACGUCUGUGGGAAGAGUUUCCGUCAAAACACCAACUUACUGAAGCACCAGCGGAUUCACACAGGAGAAAGACCGUUCAAGUGCUCGCAUUGUGACAAGACGUUCGCUCGAUCGGACGUCCUGAAGAUCCACGAGCGAGUUCAUACAGGAGAGAAGCCUUACUGCUGCUCCCUCUGCGACGAGAGAUUCGCUUAUUUAGGGGUUUUCCAGACCCAUCAGAACAAACACGCUAAAGAACAAACUGCUCCUGAAUCAUCAUAGUGUCUUUUCAGUGUUAAAGGAGUAGUUCACUUUU